AUGCGUGAGGCCCCUCCGAAGGCUCGUUCCCCAUUGCCGAUCCUACCUGCACGGUCGAAGGAUUGCAAGUUAGUCUCCCCUCGUUAUAAGAAACUUGCGCUCUCUACAGGGUCUGGCACCAGUGGCAGCAGCAGCGGCAGUCACUUGGCUGGGGCGACAGGGCAGCCAAUCACCUCCAGCCACGUGGCAGUGGUGGGAACAGUGGCUGUGCUAGGGCAUGUACAUGCUGCGUUGAGGGAGGAAGUGGGGGAGAAAGCAGGGGGAGAAGGGGGGUUGGUGGCGGAAGGAGGAGAGGAAGAGGGGGUGGUAGCGGGAAGGGGGAAUGAAGGAGGGGAGCAAGGAGGGUUGGUGGAGGAAGGGGGAAAGGAAAGGGCAGUGGGAGGGGAGUUGGUGGCGGAAAGGGUAGAGGAAGGAGGGGAGGAACGGGGGUUGGCGGCACGAGGGGGUGAUGAAGGUGGGGUGGUGGCGCAAGGAGGGAAUGAAGGUGCCACUCAUGCAGGCAGACGUGGCAUUCAGGCGGGCAGUGGUGCAUCUGAUAAUUCUCGCCGAAACAGAAGCGGAAUGUAUUGUAACCAGCGAUGUUGGUUAUAG